GGGGUUGUGAUUGGGGCUGGGACGGCUGUUGGGUGCUUGGCAAUUUGGGAGACCCAUGUUUCCUAAAUCUUUGUUUUGUGUAUGUGUUUCUUUGGAAAUAAUUCUACAAUGUUCAAUUAUUUUGUGAAAACAUGAGCUUUUGUUAACCACCAUGGAUGAAUUACCUCCGGUUCUAGAUCCAGACGAGCUUAUGGAUCUAGAAGAACCGGAAACUUAUGAAAUUGAAGACGAUGACGAAGAAAUUGUUGAAGACCCAUCAUCAUCUCCCUUUCAACAGUUUUCUUCUGGACCGGCAUCUAAUGCGACAUCUGCAGCCUCAUCACCACACACCAAUGAUGAUUUUCCACCACCUUUCAAUUUUAACGGGAAACCUGUUACUAUUAAAAGGGGCCGUGGACGUCCUAGGAGAGAAGGAGGUAAACCGACUCCCAGAAGGUCCGGUGGCGUUGGUGUUCCCAGAGUUAGAAGAGCAAAAUCUGCUGGAUUUUCCCGUUGUAGAGGAUCCAGGAGUGUUAGACAACCAGACAGAAUGGAUUUUGAUUUUUCUUAUAUCAGCCCUACUUCUAUUGAUGACAUGGGUCUCACUGACAUCGAUGGUUUUUUCUUCCCAGAAAGGGAAAGACCCAGUCCAGUUUUUGAAGAACUACCUUAUGCACCAGAGGUCUGGCCUGGAAAAGUCUGUGCUUUUUGUAAUUUGGGUGAACGCAGUCAGCUAGGACAAGGUGAAAUAAUGAGAUUAAAUUGCCCAGAUGGUUUUACGCCUCAAAGAUCAGUCGGUGAAUCUAACACUCCAACUGUUCAAUUACCAGAUAGGGAUUUUGGUGAUAAAAGUCCGCGUGGUCCUGUUACAUGCAGGAGGAAUAAAAAUUUUAAUAGAAGUCGAAGUUUUGUGUCCAAUAAUGAACAUAUAGAUGAGCUUACCAUAAUUGGACAUGCUGAAGAACCAAGUGUGAACAUUUUGUAUGAAAUAAGUGGACAAUUUUAUGUUCAUAGAAACUGUGCCUUAUGGUCAAAUGGGGUUACCCGCACAGAACAUCAAGCCUUAGAAAAUGUUGGACCAGUUGUACUAAAAAGUUCAUCUCAGAAAUGUUCAUUUUGUAAUCAUUUCGGUGCAAGUCUCACAUGCAGGUCGACCGGUUGUACAAAAGUUUAUCAUUUCCCAUGCGCCACUGCCUCAGGUGCCUUCCAGGAUAUCACUAGUUUGCAAGUUUUUUGCACCAAUCACCUUCACGAAGCUGCCAUGUGUUCGGAAUCCGCCAUUUGCUAUACGUGUAAAAGCGUGGGAGAUAUUUCAAACUUAAUGUAUUGCUCAAGCUGUGGCACGCAUUAUCAUGGAAGUUGUGUGGGUUUAGCUCAGUUACCUGGCGUAAGGGCUGGUUGGCAAUGUAGAAAAUGUCGCAAUUGCCAAGUUUGUCGAAUGAUGGGGGACGAAACUAAAUUGAUGAGUUGUGAGCAGUGUGACAAGGUUUAUCACGCCAGCUGUCAACGCCCAUUAGUUACGUCCAUUCCAAAAUAUGGUUGGAAAUGUAGAUGUUGUAGAGUAUGUGGCGACUGUGGUUCCCGAACACCAGGCGCUGGUCUAUCUUCUAGAUGGCAUUUACACUAUACAGUUUGCGAUUCGUGCUAUCAACAAAGAAAUAAAGGUUGUUGUUGCCCAAUUUGUCAAAGGGCUUAUAGAUCACAUGCUCAUAGGGAAAUGGUGCAAUGUGGAACCUGCCGGAAGUUUGUUCAUGGGACAUGUGAUCCAGAAGCAGAUUUGGUAACAUAUCAACAGAAAAAGGAAAUAAAUCCUGAUUAUGAGUAUCAUUGCGUUAUUUGUAAAAAUUCAUUGCAGCAACUCUCCAGCCGCCCUGUCACUAGCAAAAGAUCAAGUCUAGAUGACUUUGGAGAUUUGUCCGCUUCCCAAGAAUCUUUAUAUGAUGACAUAUCAGAAUUUGAUAUGCCUUCUGAAGAAUCUUUCAGAGGGACAGGGUUGGGAAAAGGCAAACCAUAUGCAAGUAAAAUUGCAAAAAAGAAAUUGAGUUAUUCAACUGGAAUGCCUGGGAGACCAAAGGGUAGUUUUGGCAAAGGCAACCCUGGCAAACAAGGAUUCAUGAAACGUCAGCGCUUAGUCGAAUUUGGCCGUAAAAGAGGCGCCAAAGCUAAAAUACGGGGUGUGUUUGGAGUACCGGGAGUUGGAUUAUCUCGUCCCGUAUCUGAUGGUAAAGGAGACGAAGAACCAGGAGUAGAAAACCGACUAGUUUUGUGUUCUGCCAAAGAUAAAUUUGUUUUGACACAAGACAUUUGUGUGAUGUGUGGAGCCUUGGGCACCGACCAGGAAGGUUGCCUUAUUUCUUGCGUUCAAUGUGGACAAUGCUAUCAUCCUAACUGCGUGAACGUUAAAGUUACUAAAGUUAUUCUUACCAAAGGCUGGAGAUGUUUAGACUGUACAGUUUGCGAAGGCUGCGGUCAACGCAAUGACGAGCCCAGACUAAUCCUUUGUGACGAUUGCGAUGUAUCUUAUCAUACUUAUUGUAUGGAUCCUCCUUUGGAUUAUGUACCACAUGGAAAUUGGAAAUGCAAGUGGUGUGCAUGUUGUCGAAGCUGUGGCUCCACAGAUCCAGGAUUUAAUAGCACAUGGAUGAAUGGAUGUACAGAAUGUGGACCAUGUGCCUCCCAUUCAGCUUGUCCUAGCUGUAAUGAGUCAUAUUCUGAGGGAGAUCUUAUUAUUCAAUGUGCUCAAUGUGAACGGUGGUUACAUGGUAUAUGUGAUCUCAUUAAAACAGAACAGGAUGCAGAAAAAUGCGCUGAAGAUGGCUACACUUGCCUGCUAUGCCGCCCUAGAGACGUCCCACCUCCACACUUAAUUCCUUCCUCGAUAGCCCCCAAACCACCGACGCCUACUAAAAGCCCUGAGGUCCGCUCGCAACCCAACAUCUUCGUCGAUGGUGUUUGUCUCAGCGAAUGGGGCCAUAGUCUAAUUAAAUCCCUUUCCCAGGAGUAUCACGGUACUCGCAAGAAACGCAAGAAACUUCCACCAGUUGUACAUGAUAAAGAAGCUGGUAUAAUGGCAACUAUUGAGUCAGUUGUUGCUGGAGGAAGUGGAGGCGAAAAUAGUUUUGAAGAUACCAAAAUAGAAUUAGUGGAUAUGAAAGACGAACCGCAAGAGCUUUAUAAAGAAGGCAUGAUUUGGACUAAAGAAGAUGGUUCUCCACCUGAAGGAUUUACUAUUUUUACCAUGGAAAGUGGUAUAUGUGUUUUAAGGAGAAAACGGCAAAGAAAUCUGCAAAAAUUGGGUAUAGGAGGCUUUUUGGUUCGGAUGAGAGGCUUCAAGAGUCAGGAAAAUGAUGAGAUUGAUACUUUACCUGGACAAAGUACACUUAAUUUUGAUUUACCAAUACCAAUGACGUCAACACUCGAAGGCGAUAAACCAAAAAAGAAACCCAUAAGACGCAAGCAAAAAUCUAAAUUGGCUGAAACAUUUCCUGCAUAUCUUCAGGAAGCUUUCUUUGGCAAAGAUCUUAUGGAUGUAACUGAGUUUAAAAAAGAAAUGGAGGGCGGUGUUAGCAGUGACGAAGAUAAACUUUUUGAAAAUAAGCAGCAGGCGAUCAAGUUAACAGCAGAGGAACUACUGGCAGUUGAAAGUGCUAGACAAGAAAAGACCACCUCUGAGGGGCGCUCUCAACCGAGAGACGGCUUUUCAGAUACUUUAAAAAUAGAUAAACCAAUUUUGAUUAAAGAGGAAGAGGACGACACUGCUGAAGACUUGAAAGAUGUACUUGCUUUGCCUGGCGACUUACUGGAUACUGAUUUGGUUAAUAGCAUUAUAAAUGAAGAUGAUGAAUUGACUAAAAACACAGAAUUGGAUGCUUUGGCAGAUGAUGACGCAGAACUUCCUCAGACUUUAGGAAGCUCAGAAAAUUCUAAAGAUGCCAAAGACGAAUUAAGUGAUAUUUUAGGAUCACACUUUUCACUAGAAUCUAUACCUAAUAUAAAUAGUAAAGAUGUUGAGGAUAUAUUUAAGGGCGUUCUUACCGAUGAAUCGCAAGAAUCGCAGCUUUCCCAAGAAGCCACAAAUAUGUAUCCUUCAAUGCCAUCCACGCCGACUCCAAUUAGUCCAAUGUUUCCAAGUAAUUCGUCUCAACUACCGACAGCUGGUAUAAUACCUCAAAUGCAUUUGCCUUCAGCUCCAGUUAGACCGACUGCGUUACCUGGAGUUCAGCAUGUUAGCUUCCCUCCGUCGCCUUAUCAUUCUGAAUAUAGCAAUCCCCAGUUUAGUCCGGCGUUUUCUGAACCUCCAAGUCCUUGGGUAAACAUAAACGACAACACAGAAAUGGACACUGCCAGCGUUGCAGGUGUGCCAUCCACCCAUAAUCAACGUUCUUCGGAAAAAAUGAAGGCAGAUGAAGGUCUCGGUAAUGGGGCCACUAUAUCGGCAGUUCUCUAUGCCAAUAGGAAUCAUCCAGAAUGGAAAGCUGAGUAUCCUGUGUGGUCUGACAGAUACAAGCAUAUUAUCAAAAAGUGGAGAACUUUGAGUCAAGACGAGAAGGCUCCAUAUCUUCAACAAGCUCGCGACAAUCGAAGCCAGCUUCGAAUGAAGAAACAACAACAGUCACAGACCAGCAAGGAAACCUCCACAACGAGUCCUGUCGCUCCCACAAAGCCACCCCCUACCGUAGUACCGGCAGCUGCUUUGGUUACCAAUCUGCCUUCACCGGGGUUACCACCACCUUCGCUCGUUACACAGGCGCAGGCGCAACAGAGUCCUACCGCGAUAACUACUGAGGACCAAGAAAAAUUAGCCCAACAACAGAGAACAGCCCGAGAGGCUGAGCAAGAAAGACAAUGGAAACAUUUACAAGCCAUGAGACAGCAACAAGCUCAGCAACAAGCGCAUGUUAUUCAAGAACAAAGAGUUCAAGCAAUUGCAAGAGUCCAACGGACAAUGUCAGACCCUAAUCCUCAAUUUAUCCCCACCAACCAAACGAGUCCCCUACAAGUUACCACAACAUCGCAAGAAGGCAGUCCUGUGGCUCCUCCAUCACCCAGACAAUUUAUCGGUAUAAAAUCGCCACCAUUUGCCCAUCCUUCACCUCCUUCCACUAAUAUUCGUACUCCUACCUCUUCACAGUCUCCGGUUCACGAGUUCCAGCAACCAAAUCAGCAAACUCCGAAUCCUGAGGAAUCCUUUAUAGAACCCACUAGUCCGCAAGUCAAUUUCUCUAAAGUACCAACCGGAAAUGAGGCGUUUGGUCAACCGCCUCCACCGAGGAGUCCAUUUGUUGCUGCAAGACCGCCCAUGCAGGCUAGACCGGAUCAACCAGAAAUCGCACGUCAGUUGCGGGAGUUGCUCCAGAGGCAGCAGCAGCAACAACAAUUGAAAAACUUCGAUUUGGUGCAAGCAAAAUCAACUCAAAGAAUCUGGAAUCCUAAUGAUCCGCCUGCAACUGAACCUGUGAAUGCGGGUGCGACUGCAGAAGAAAUAACUUUCAGGCAACCACUACCGCCUGGAUCCGUAAGACCCAGAAUCCCAUUACAACUAGGACCCAGGCCUGGUCCAAAUCUCCGUAUGCCGCAAUUGGAAGGCAGGCUUCAAGGGCUCGAUCCUAGAUUAAGACUCAUUCUACACCAAUCAAGGGCUGCUCUGCCUGGCCAGCAAGUACCAGCAGGCGGUAUACGCUUCACCCAAGGAGCGAACCGACCGGCAACAAUCGAACAAUAUGAACAAUUGUUGCACCGACAAGCUCAGCUACAAGCUAGAAAUCAAGCUUUAGAGCAACAAGGUGUCGGUGUGAGGUUGCCUUUAGGACAAAGUGGUGGUGGUGUGAUUCAGAAACAACCUUCCUCGAUAACUCAAGCAAUGCCUGUAGCUCAACCAGCUCAGCAAGCUGCUGUGACAAAUGACCAAGAAAUACCUGAUAAUGUAACUGCAGAACUAGAAAAAUUGGAACAAGAAACUGGCACAAUGGCCGAGCUGCAAGGUGUCAGCGAAAUAUUGGGAGGUUUGGGAGAUGAUGACGACGAACUCCUAGCUGAAAUGGGAGCAGAUUUCAAUAUUUUGGAGUAUGCGGAUCCAGAAUUAGAAGCAUUAGCGGGAGAGAAGACAAACAUUCUGGAUUUGGAUUUGGAAGAUGACAAUAUGAAGCAGGAAAAGAAGAGGGAAGCUAUGAUGCAACGACAAAAUAAUGUCUCUUCUGCCCAAACAGCAACGUCUCAAGCGACUAAAACUGUAGUUGCAAGUAAUUCACAGAAAGAACAAAAGCUAGAAAAACGACCAACCUCCACUGCUGCAGAAGAGCCGCAUAAAUCAGAUGCAUCUGCUUUACCUCAACCUAAUAAUAAUCCUCCACUGCCUCUUCAAAAACAUCAACAAGUUCCUCAAACACAUCAAGUUUCUCAAAAACAUCAAGUGUCUCAAAAACAUCAAGUUUCUCAGAAACAUCAACCUCAUUCCGAUAAUAAUUUACGUCCUCAAACGCCAGCAUUGGCAGAUCAGUCUCAAAAUCAAAUAACUCAAAAUUUAUCACAACAGCGUGUUGUACAAAAUAUAUCCUCAUCGCAACCCCAACUAGCCCAGGCUUUGGCUAAUAAUUCAAAUCCACAACAACAGCAGCAACAACAGCUGCCUCAGCCAGAGCCUCCCGUGUUACAGCAACAAUUACAACAACAGUUACAACAACAACCACCACAAUUACAACAACAACAACCUUCUCCUUCCCAACAUCAACCCAAUAUUGCUUUAACAGCCCAGCAACUCCAUCAACAGAUGCUGCAGCAGGUACAGCAAGCUGCUGCUAUGGGAAAACCGAUGCCACCGGGAUCCAAACUACAAACCCCUGAAGGUAUUGUCGGCAUUGUUUUGGCUAAUAAUAAUGUCCAAUUGCAAAUACCUCCGAAUUUCCAACAAAGACUGCUGCAAACAUUACAAAAUCAAAAACUCCAAAUGCGAAUCGGGCGAACUGUUCCCCGUCCCCAACAGCCGAAUAUAAAUCAACCCCCUCAGCCUGUUCCUGGACAAAUAGCAAGACCCAGAAUGGCUUUACCAACGCCACCUCCACCGCCUCCGUACCCUGGUCCACCGCCACCCUAUCCAGGGAAUCUCAUGGCUCAGCAACAGGCAAUGCCUCAGCAGAUGGGAUUGAGAAUGGGGCCUGGUUUUCAUCAUCACAUGGGACUCGUGCAUCCCCUGGCACUGCAGGGUUUCCCGAUGCACCCACACUUUGAGAGGAGACCGCUUUUACUGGAGGAACAGCCUCUGUUGCUGGAAGAUCUAUUGGAACAAGAAAAGAGAGAACAGGAGAAGCAAAACCACAAUCAUCCUCUACCUUCAGAUAUCAACACAAGAAGUAACGAUUCAGAAUCGGCUUUGUGUGUUAGCGAUCAUGAUUUUGAAAGACUCAAAGCUGAUGUAUUCAGUAGUGGGCAUUCUGAUACCUCAUCUUCAGUUGGAAUGGUGCAACAACAAUGGCAACCUAAUCGUCUACAGAUGCCCAGUGCGCCAACUCAACACACUACAGAAGUUACGACCAAAAUUCAAAUGUUCAAUGCAAAUUUAAUGCCUGCUCCGCCACUACCAUCAGAAAAUAUCGUUACGGAACAAGACAAACAGGCUCAACUUUUAUAUGAGCAGUGGCUUAAUAAUCAGAAUAAUGUUUUGACUCAGCAACUUCGAUACUAUGAAACUGAAGUGCUAAAAUUACGUAAAAGUAAAAAGUCAUUAAAUAGCAAGCAAAGACAGCUAAGGAAAUCUGGCAAUCAGCUAACUGAAAUUGAUUCAAAUGAGCUACAAAGGAUUUCUGCCGAGCAAGCUAUUUUACAAAAACAUCUAGAGUCCAGCAGAAAGCAGAGUCGUCAACAUGGAAUGCUCAUACAGGAAUACCGGAAUAAACAACAACUGCUCCAGAAGCCCCUCAUGGGCGGGCCGCAGACGCAACUAGCCUCCCCUCUAGGACCUCCAGGAUCUUCUCCAAUACAUCACGCAGCUGCCAGUCACUCACCCAUGUUGUCACCGCAACAGUCGCCUUUGCCUCAGCAGUCUCCAUUGACGCAACAUAAUUCACCUAUGAAUAGUCCGGGUCCUAUGAUGGUUCAUUCUCCAGGGCCUGGAUCAGUGGCUGCUUUGUUACAGAGUCCAGGCGGGAGUGUGUCUCCAAUACAGACUAGGAUUGGGACACCAUUGUCUCAAGAAGGAAGCCCAGGUCCAAUCCAAUCGCCUUCCCAAGUUUGUCUGCCACCACCGAUGCCUCGAAUGACAUCUCCCCAACAUCGCCGAGUGGUAACCAGCCCUGUUGGAUAUACAGGAGAUAUGCGCAGUGGAGUGACACAAAUGAGAUUUAUGAGACCCACCGUGGAACAUAAUUCUCUGCAACGUAUCAGAGGUCAAGCGCCUGGUCAAUUGCAGAAUUUCCCCUCUAAAGUUGGCACUCCAUCUCCUCUCAAUAGUCCACCUCUGAAUCAAAUGUCACUGGCUCAUCAGCAAAUAUUACAAAAGCAAUUGCAUCAGCAUCAACAAGCUUUGCUUCAUCAACAACAGCAGCAACAACAACAACAACAGCAGCAGCAACAACAACAACAGCAGCAACAACAACAGCAGCAUCAACAACAACAGCAGCACCAACAACAACUACAACAGCAGCAGCACCAACAACUACAACAGCAGCAGCACCAACAAAUACAAAUUUCCGAUGGUACUCAGCAACAAGAAGCAAAUGUUAUGCAUUCUCCCCGCGUUGCCCAAUUAAUACAGCAUAGAAAUCUUGGACGACCGCAGCAGCAACAACAACAGCAAACUUUGACAGCUCAACAACAUCAGCUUUUGACCAAACAGCAUCAACAAAUAGCUCUUCAAUUACAAGCAAGGCUGAAUCAACAAUCUCAGCAGCAAUCACCUACUCCACAAUCACCAAUGCCUCCAAAAAGUCCCAUGCACAACCAGAAUAUGUCUCCUCUAUCGAUGCCCACCUCGCCCAUGCCUCCAAAAAGCCCUAUGUUGUCUUUCAAUCAACAGCAAAGCACUCCUAAUUCUCCAGCAGCUCAUAGAAAUUCUUACUCUCAAAAUCCUACUAUGAAUCAACCUCCGAGUAGUCCCAUGAUGCAUCAAUAUCAUCAACCUACUUCUCCUAUGAUACAAUCUCCACACGCAAUACGUCGACCUCCAAGCAGUCCUGCUAUGCCUGAGAGGCCCUUGAGCGUAGAAAAUCCUGGUACGCCCAGAACUCCUUACAGUUUAGAUAUGCAUCUUCAAGAUAAUAUGCACACAGGGGGAGGAAAUCCUAAUAAUCCAAAUAAUCCAAUUCCAUUGCCUCCUGAUGGGUUUUGCUACUCUAAGCUAGGCUUAAGAGGCGGUAUGUGGAGCGGAUUUGGAAGAGGAGAAAAACGAGUCCCAACACCUCCUACAAGCUCAUCUACUAGUGAAACUGAAAAGCAAUUACCAGUUGAAGUAACUACUUUGAACAAACCUAAAAAAGAGGCUCAUAUUAAUAAAGUUUCCAUUCUCAAAAAGAGGACACCACUGCCAAAAAGUAGUCCUAAAUCUAUUAUAACCAGCAAAAUCGCUGAUUUUACAGAAUAUGAUGAAACUUCUUCUACAUCUCCUGCUUCUACAUCUUCUUUAUUAGCUGGACGUGGAGGGGCAGGACAGAAACCACUGUCAAAACAAGACGCCACCGGGGAUAAGUUACAACUCCCUGAAAUGGUGGAUUAUGAGGAUGACAAUAGUACAAUACUUUCUUCAGAGAUUUCGUUAUGUUCCGCAGCUCAGCAAAACGAUGACGAAAUUGAAAUAACUGAAACUCUUUCACAAAAUGACAUUGGUGAAGUCUUAUCAAGUCCAAUGGAAGCUGAUCAAAUUUCGGAUGAGUUUAUGCUGUUUCAAGAAAAUAUGUUGGUUGAUCAUUUGAGUGGCAUUCAAUAUUCAGAUAAAGAAGAAACUGAGGAGGAGUAUGCAAAUAUUGUCAUUCGAAGUCCAACUACUAGUGAUGAUGAAUUUAUUAUGCAAGGCCGAACAAAGAAAUAUAAUAUAUUGAACAUUGCAGAAACUUCUGGUUCUCCAGAGCAAGAUACCACCAUGGAGCCAUCCACAGAGCCAGAAGAUGAGGAAAUUACUCAGCCAUUUGACGAAUCGGAAGUGGUUAUUAUUGAGCAACCUGUAAAAUCACCUGAGGAACAAAUUUCAACUAAAGAAGAUUUUGAAGAACUUAUUGAUGAAGGUUCUAGAAAAGAAAAAAUGAAGCAAGACACAAAAAGUGUAGUUGAACCUCCACAAUUUACUGCUGCCAGCGUGUAUAGGUUUCCUUCUAAGACCCCUAUUACUGUAACUAGAACUCAAAACGUUAUGACAACAGCAAAAGUGGCACCAAAAAUAUCAUUAAUUACAACGGCGCCAAUUAUUCAAAAUUUCACUGCUCGUUCUGAGGGUGGAAAACUGAAUGCAGAAACUCAACAACUUAUAUUAACUCCUACAACAAAAAUAACUACCACAAAUGCAGGUUCAAAGCUAACAAGCAUUAUUUUGACACAUAAUCCUGUUAGAAGUAAUAUUUUGAAUGUGGGACAAAAACUUGUAACAUCAUCACCAGGAAUUACAAUUGUUAGUGCCAGUACUUCUCAAAUAGCUUCAAUUUUGCCCUCCAAAUUUAGUGUUCCUAUUAUCAGUGCAAGUGCAGUGAGGCAACUGCCAAACGUAAAAGUUAUUGAUAAGCCCAGCUCUUCGCUAUCUUUGACGCCACGCGAUAGUACUUUGCCCAAUAAAAUAUUUGAAGAUGAAUCAGUGUCUCCGGAAAAUGCAAAUUUUGAUGAUGAAAAGAAAAAUUUAUUUGAUGAGAAGUUGAAGGCAGAAUUUACCGCAGCUAAUGGAAGAAUGCCAAUGUUUGGGAAAAAUGUCAUUGCAACAAAUAAUAAAAAUGAUGAGAAUAACACUAGUCAACGUAAAAAUGACAAAUCUGAAAUUAGUAAUAUUGUUACUAAAGAAAAAGUUCAAGUCAUAGCUAGUCCAAUAAUAGCGAAAUCUGUAUCUCCUGUAAUAAUUCAUCAUGCACCACCUGAAUUGAAAAUGACGGCUCAAGUAAUCCAAGAAACAUCCACUCGUAUGCAAAUAACUGCCACUGAAACUGUUAGUACUUUCAUGGGUGAUGGUUCAGUCGAAGAUAAAUCAGUAGUUAUUUCCAUACCUUCCCCUACGCCAUCUCAAGAACAAAUGCUUGAUAAUAUUGCUUUGCAAGCCUUGGAGGAGAAUAGGAAAAGAGAAUUUGAUUCUUUCGAUUAUGUAUUGAAUAUGAUUGAAAACAUGCAACAUUCAGAAACUCCAGAGCAGUCAGACGAACAAAAUACUGAGAAAAAAUCAACUAAACCAGCAGUAAAAGAGGAAGCUAAUGAAUCUACUGCAAAUAAACAAACUAUGCCGCAGUUGUCGCCUUUAUCACAACCAGCUGAUCUGACCACAAAUAUGGCAAAUGCAUCUCAACAAUUGAGGAGUUUGCUUUCAAAUAUACAAACUACAACUUCUUCCCAUGUGCCCAAAGUUGAAACUCUUGUAAAAACCACAAAUAAACAAAAAAUAAUCAACGUUACUUCUUCAACUAUUACUUCCCCUGUUGUUGCUUCAAGAAUAAUUCAACAAGCAACAACUACAAGUAAUGUCAGUACUGUUAUAGUACCUAAUGUAGUCAAGCAAAAAGUAACUCUUGCACCUACUAGUAAAGCUAGAACAUCGAGUACAGAAAGUUUUUUAACUAACCGAUUUCUAGGAAGUGAACCUAAAUCCACAACAUCUACUCCAUCUCAGACAACUGAAACUAUCAAUAAAUCUCCAGAUCUCAAUAAAAAAGCUUCACUAACGUUAACCGCUAUGCUUCAAAAUCAACCAUCAGCUACUCCCACAACAAAAUCCUCACCUGAUACAAUAACUGCUGCCAGUUUAUUAGCUACUCCUGUGAGCCUGUCAAGAACUAGUUUUUCACCGGCUUUGGCUCUAGCACAACCCAAUGCCAUUAUAGCUAGUAGCCUAGCUAAUACUAGUACCAGUUCUGUAAUUUCGUCUGCUUUCAAAACAAUCACUUCAACAAACUUAUUGCAUACUCACCUAACUAAGUCGAGAACUAAAAGUCUUGAUGAUAUUAAAGAUUUGAAAACUGAUGAUCAAAAGUCUGAAGCUGAUAUUAUAACAAGCAUAAAACAGGAGCUUAGUGGUUGUAGAUAUUUACCCGUAACUUCGUCAAGUCAAAUAAAUAAAUGUGAAGACUCGCAGAAUGUCCUAUUAAAGCAACUUCUUCAGAAUACUGCUUGUGCAAGCACUCAAUCGCCGCCACCAAGUACUACAUCCACAAUAACGACAGCUCCAACUACUGAAGUUCAGAAAGUUAGCCCACCAACUUUGUCAUCUUUACUUCCUCCAGUAACUAAAACCGAAGUUCAACCUACUAGUACCCCUCAGUCAAGACCUCCAAUGCAAAGAGGUUUAAUACGAGAAACUUCCUUUGUUUCUAGCCCAAUAAUUCAACAUACUCCAACUAGUACAACUGUCGCAGCUACCACUACAACUCAACAGCUACAUAUUGAUAUUAAAAAAUGUGCUCCUGUAGUUAGGCCUUCUAGUAGAGAUGAUUUACUAUCUCCACCCACUCCGAGAUCGUGCGGUAGUCAAGAGUCUAGUUUACAAACGCCCCCGUUAAUAGUCAAAAAAGAAAGUCCAGCUUCUACUUCUACAUGUCUUAGUAUUGAGGGCAUCAAAAAAGAAUUACUAGAUGAAUCUUCCCAACACUCGGAAAUAUCUGAUUUGGGCAAAGCUGACAUUCAAAUAAAAGAAGAGUCUGAGCCAGGGGAGAUUAGUGAUAAAAUUAUUGUUGAUAAAGAAGAAUUAAAAAAGCAAAAAAGGAGAAUGUAUAAUCAAAAGAGACGUCAAAAUCAGUUACUGAACAAAGAGUUGAAUAAUAAACCUAAUAAGAGACCGAGGAAAAAUUCCAAAAUUGAAGAAGAUUACGAUUCUUAUAUAGACAGUGUUUUAAACCAGAUAAGGCAUUUGCAUCCUAUGGUUGUCUCAGAACCUGCUAUAGUACGAAAUCAUGGAAUUUUACCAGUUUUUGGCUCUGGCGAUUUAUCCAAAUUAGGUACAAAAUCUUUCGAUCCCAGAUUUGGUGAUUUAACUGGUACUUAUGGCAACGCAUCGAUUCCCGGAUAUUCAGAUUUUUAUAAUACAAUUCCUUAUGGCGAUGAAGAACCCAUUCCUGAAAAACCACCAGCUUCUACACAGAGAGGAUUUUAUGAUCAAGAAUUUCCUCUUAUUAAAUUUGAUACAGAAGAUGAUAAGAAGUUUGAUUUGUUUUCCAGAGAAGAUACACCAGAUUCAAUUGUUAGUUGUUCCUCCCCCGAAUGUGAUGCUUUUGAUGCUUCUGAUAGAUAUUUGGGUUUGAAACUUAUUAGUGACGAUGAAGAAGAAGAAGAAUUAUCCAAGGGUAGACGUUCGCCGAAAAUACCAAUAGUUAAACCCAUUGCUAUUAAACUAAAAGCCGCUGGCUUGUUCUUGAAAGAGCCCGCUACUACGAAAAUUGCUUCGGAUAAUAAUAAAGAAAAUAUUCUGAAAGAAAUGGAUCAGGAAAAACUGAAACCAAAUCCUUCGCCUUCAGGUCCAGUAAAAGAUAAUGAAAAUAUUAAAGUUACGCUGACGUUCACAUCAUCGGCUGCUGAAGAUAUUGUCGGCGUGCUAAGAGAUUUGGCGAAUAUUUUACAAAUUCCUCCACCUACCUCUUAUCAGAUUGUUGAUAGAACUUCUUCACCGACUAGUCAGAAGCUGGGAUUGUAUCGGACCAAGGGAAAAGAUGGAAAGGAAGGAGCUCCUAUCGAUAUACAGAGUAUCCUUAAUGGGGCAGCAAAGUUUUGUAAACAUUGUGACGUAGUUAUUCUAAACAACUUGGUGAAAAAGAAGCCUUCAGAUUUGCCAUUUUUGUCAAAAGAUUCCGAACUACUAAGUGAAGGAGAAGAACUAUAUUUUUGUGGUUCUUCUUGCUACAUGCAAUUUGCUUUGAUGAAUAGAUCGCCGUCUAUUCCAGAGGACAAGGCUGCGGCUAUCAUAGAUCAUCUAUCACAAAAAGACCGUCAAAACUUAAAGCAACAUGGACAACUUCAAGAUCCUUUCGAUUCGAAAUCAGCUCUCGUUAACCGUUUGUUGACAGAAAAUACCGGAUUCAAUCAGUACUUUGGUGGGGCCUUCAAACAAACUAUGAAAUUUGGGUCGUUCAAACCACCUGAGCAUGCAAAAAGCCAUAGAAAUGCGUCGGUUAAAUUUUGGACUCCUGGAUGCUUGCAGCCUAGUCACAAGCAUAAGAAACCUACUGAUAAGGAGAUGACGGAAAUGCUGUAUCAGAUGGGGAUUACGGUUACACCUUCAAAAUUGCCUGACGAUACCAGGAAGUGCAUGUUUUGUCAAGUUAUUGGAGAUGGAGUAGCUGACGGUCCAGCUCGCUUGCUCAACAUCGACGUAGACAAAUGGGUGCACCUCAAUUGCGCCCUCUGGUCCGAUGGAGUCUACGAAACAGUUAAUGGUGCCCUUAUGAAUUUGGAAAACGCCAUGCAGCAAAGUUUAACCUCAACAUGCAUCCAUUGCAGUAAGCUGGGAGCUACAAUACGAUGUUUUAAAACCAGAUGUUCGAGUGUAUACCAUUUAUCUUGUGCUGUAAGAGAAAACUGUGUUUUCUAUAAAAAUAAGACUGUUUUCUGUAUGGCGCAUGUUCCCAAACAUGAAAAAGACAAUGAGUUGACUACCUUAUCAGUGGGCAGGAGAGUUUAUAUAAACAGAGAUGAAAAUAGACAAGUUGCUGCUGUGAUGCAUAAUUCAGAUACUAAUAAUUUAUUGAGGGUUGGCAGUUUGAUUUUUCUCAAUAUUGGACAGUUAUUACCUCAUCAGUUGCAAAACUUCCAUACACCAAAUUAUAUUUAUCCUAUAGGUUAUAGAAUAAUCCGUUUCUACUGGAGCAUGAGAAACGUGAAUAAAAGAUGUCGCUACAUUUGUUCUAUUAACGACAAUAUGGGACGUCCCGAAUUUCGAGUGUUAGUUCAAGAACGUUCCGAAGAAGAUACUGAAUUUAAAGACUUUACACCUAAAGCAGUGUGGGCACCUAUUCUCGAAAAAAUUGCUAGCAUACGAAAAGAAAACAAGUGCCUACAAAUGUUCCCUAGAUUUAUCUCAGGUGAAGAUCUUUUUGGUUUAACUGAACCAGCUAUUGUUAGGGUGUUGGAAAGUCUACCUGGAAUUGAGACACUUUCCGACUAUAAGUUUAAAUAUGGAAGAAAUCCGCUGCUGGAAUUACCUUUAGCCAUAAAUCCAACGGGUGCUGCUAGAAGUGAACCGAGAUUACGCCAUCAAACUCAUUGGAAACGUUUCCAUAGAACUACAGGAUCUAGUUCGAGACCUUUGUUUGCACCACUUCCUUCCAACGCAUCAGCGCCCUCUUCUUUUGGAGAAAGUGUAUGCCCUUAUAGCAAACAAUUCGUUCAUUCAAAGAGUUCACAAUAUAAAAAGAUGAAACAGGAAUGGAGAAACAAUGUUUAUUUGGCGAGGUCAAAGAUUCAAGGGCUUGGAUUAUAUGCAGCUAAGGACAUAGAAAAACACACUAUGGUUAUUGAAUAUAUUGGAGAGGUUAUCAGAAGUGAAUUAUCUGAAUGUAGAGAGAAACAGUAUGAAGAUAGGAAUCGUGGAAUAUACAUGUUUAGACUUGAUGAUGACAGGGUUGUGGACGCAACGUUAAGCGGAGGUCUAGCACGGUACAUCAAUCACUCGUGCAACCCUAACUGUGUAGCAGAAACUGUUGAAAUUGACAGAGAUUUGAAAAUUAUCAUUUUUGCCAAAAGACGAAUUCAAAGGGGAGAAGAAUUGGCGUACGAUUACAAGUUCGACAUUGAAGACGAUCAAAAUAAAAUAUCCUGCAUGUGUGGAGCACCAAACUGUAGAAAAUGGAUGAAUUAAGGGUUUUAUUAUUGACUAUGAUGGGGCAAAUCAGGUUUAGAAAUAAACGGUGUAAAGUCAUUUUGACGAUAUACACCGUGCAAUAUUAGUUUUAAUCGCGCUUAUUGCCUCGUAUCUUUAUUACAUACACAAGAUUUUUUGUAGAUUGAGAUUGUCAUAUUUUGUUUUUAUUUAUCACAAAAUAUUGUAUAUACAAAAAAGCAUAGCUUACCAAGUUUUUACUGAAUUUUUUUUUAUUUUAUAUAGUUUUUAUGUCAUAUUUUGUAUUUAUGCAUUACAAAAUAUUGUAUAUACAAAAAAGCAAGUUUUAAUAAUUGAAAUUGUCUUUAUUUUAUAAUGUUUAUAUGUAGGGAUUAGGAAACGACUAGGCUCUAUUUUUAUUUUUUAUUUCUGGAAUAACUUUUUAUUUUCUGGUGGGCAUUGACAAUCAUGCCAUUGUAAUAAAUGAUAUCUUUGUGAAACUUUUUAUUGUACAAACGUUUUGUAUAUACAUAUUUGUAGCUAUGUAGUGUCAAUAAAUAAUUUUUAAUUAUUUA